GGCGACCUCAGGAGCCUCGCCGCCUCCAGCCUCGCCGCGCUCAAGCGCCGCCUCGACGCGCUCCACGCCGACAACGCCCGUGACCUCGAGGCCUCCCACUCCCGGAUCUCCAAGCGCAUCAAGAUGCAGACGCAGAGCUGCGUGCAGAUGGCGGAGGAGGUGGACAAGGAGCAUAAGAAGAUGCUCGACAAGUACUCCCAGCAGGCCGAGGAGAUGAAGGCAUCGUACAAGAAGUUGAUGACAGAUGUGCAGUCGUCUUCGGCUCGUGUGUGCAAGGUGACCUUACCUGAGAUGGGAAAGUCCGUGGCCAGAGCUAUCGAUGGCUUGCGCAGUCGCUACAACAUCCCAGCUACAACCGCUUAGCAUACAGUUUCUGCUACGUCUCUGACUUGGUACAUGCCCUUCUCCUGAUCAACCUGGCUGCUGAAUUCCAGGACUCAUGGCAGCAGAAAACUCGCACAUUUGUCAAUAACAACUGUUACUAUCAUACACUUCUUGCUACAGUCUCUUCGUCAGCUACGUCAAAACUCGUUAUGUUCAGUCCAAUAUAUGGGGCUCGUAAGCUACGUGAAAACUUCCGUUUGUACCUAGGAUUGGAUCAUGCUAUGAACUUAUACCUUGUAUUAUAUGAAUUGUUGUCAGUCGGUUGAUUAAUCCGUUGGAUAUCGGAAGUUUGCUGA